AUGAUACAGCAUCAAGCAUCCUCAAGCCAGGUGCCUCAGCUCACCAAGUUCCAGUUCUUUUCGAGCGAUUCAGUCUGGGCUGCCUCGCCACAAGCAGACUCGUUCUACGCUGCAGAGACCAAGAGGCCAGCUUUUCGCUCGACUCGUCUCAAAGAGACCGACACACGCUUGUCGGAAUCUCUGUGGACUAAGAGUCGUGCUGGAAAUAAGGCGAGUCGUCGUAACUACCUCUUCUUCCUCGGAGGAGCAACCGUCGGAUUGCUUGCAGCCGCAGCCAUCGUGGUCGAAGGCUAUCUGAGCGUCAAGAAUCACAAAUAUUGUCUGGUACUCGAGGAUCAUUUCGACGGCCCACUCGACACCUCUGUUUGGAAGCAUGAGGUGCAAGCUGGCGGCUUCGCCAGCCACGAAUUCCAAAGGACCACCGACUCGGCCAACAACAGUUUCACCAAUGACGGAAAGUUGUACAUCGUACCGACGUUGACCUCCGAUCAGCUUGGGGUGAGCGCCAUCACCAAUGGCUAUCAGCUCAACUUGACACAGACCGGCAAAUGCACAGCCUCUGAUCUGAGCGACGCAAACUGCGUGGCGAUCUCCGACUCUGCUUCUGGAACCGUCCUACCGCCAGUUCAGAGCGCUCGUCUCACCACCAAGGGCACUCGUUCGAUCAAGUAUGGCCGCGUCGAGGUUCGUGCCAAGAUGUCCAAAGGAGACUGGACCUGGCCGUCCGUCUGGAUGCUGCCUAGGGACAAUGUCUACGGGGACUGGCCGGCAUCCGGUGAGAUUGAUAUUGCCGAAUCCAAGGGCAACGCGGUCAAGUCACGUCAAGACCAAUUUGGAAAUACGGUUCGUUCCAGCCUUCAUUUCGGUCCCAACACUGAACAAGACCACUGGUUCAGCGCAACGGGGGUUUCCACCCUCUUUCGCAGCUACUUCAACGACGAAUUCUACACGUUUGGUCUCGAGUGGGACGAAGAGUCGAUCUGGACUUGGCGAGGAACCCGUUCUCGCAAGUCAUUCGAAAAGAAGUUUGACAGAAAUCUGUGGGAGUCCUCCAACUUCCUACCAGCUACCAAGAAUGGUUCGGUGGUCAACAAUCCUUGGAAGUCAAGCCUGCACACAAAUAUUGCUCCUUUUGACCAGGACUUUUAUCUGAUCCUCGACGUUGCCGUUGGCGGUACCAAUGGCUACUUCAACGACGGCGAUCCGUCCACCCCGGACAAGCCUUGGUCCAACUCUGGCAUCAAUCCUCGCGCUGACUUCUGGAAGGCACGUGAUUCAUGGGUUCCAACCUGGCCUCAGGACCCUAAGGAGCGAGGCAUGGCAGUCGACUACGUCAAGAUGUGGCAGCAGUGUUAG